AAACCGAAGGUGAAAAUCGAUCGAAAUAGAGGUUCAGAUCAAGGUUUUGAAGGAGAAAACACCCAAAACCAAAACCAACACACCCCUUUCCUCUUCUUCUUCUACUUGCUCGUUAAUCGAAGAUAUAAUUUCGCCCUGAUUGUAUACAGAGAUAUUCAAAAUGAAGACGACAAAGGGGGGCAAAGUCAUGAACCCUACCGACGCUUAUCGCAAGGAGCUUCGCAAGAAAGAAUUGAAAAGAAACAAGAAGGAAAGGAAGAAGGUAAGAGAGGUAGGGAUACUGAAGAAGGAUCCUGAAACCCUCAAGGAGCAAAUUGACAAGUUGGAGGCAAUGAGUUUCUCAUGGUGAUAUUUGCAUGGUCUUUGAGAGGCAGAUGGCGCUUUGGACAAAGCCAGAAAGCAUAAAAAAAGACAACUUGAGGACACACUGAAUCUCGUUCUCAAGAAAAGGAAGGAAUAUGAAGAGAAAAUGAAGGAAAAAGGCGAAGCCCCUGUUAUGUUCAGUCACCUCGGCCCUCCUCGAAGACGGACUUCAGAGGAAGAAGAGAGAGCUAAGCACCCACAACCUGAGGAUUCUGUUUACUAUCAUCCGCAAUGGAACCCAACUGGCGCUCCGCCACCUGGAAAGCCGCCUAUGUACAAGUCAUCACUAGGGCCAAUAAUUCCUUUAGUGGAAGGUUCAUCAAGUGGCGCUGGAGCAACUGAAUCAGAUGAUGUUGAUUCUUCCGUUCCACCACCACCACCGCCGCCACCUUUGCCACAAACUGGCAGCGAAUCAGAGUCUAUAGAAGAUUCUCCUCCUUUACCUGCAUCUCUGCCUUUACCCCCACCGCCUCCGAUGCCUGCCUCGUCAGAUUCGGGCGCCAUGUUGCCGCCACCUCCUCCCCCUCCUCCCAUGCCACCUGGCACAGCAGGAACCGAUAGGGAGAAAAGCCAGUCUUCAAAAUCAGAUGAUACGGCAUCUGUUAACCUUCCUCCACCGCCUCCGCCGCCAGGUUUGCCGCCAAAGUUGACCGGAAACCAAUCUGAAGGUGGUUCAGAACCCAAGGACUUUUCUAAAAUGGUUCCACCACCACCUCCUCCGAGGCAACCACCGCCAGUUCCAGGACCUGGAAUGGUACAGAUUAUGCCGCCAGAGGUGCUACCGCCAGGGAUUGCUCGUUUCCCACCGCCGCCACCACCUCCAGACAUGCGUCCACCGCUAGGAAUGCCUGGCCAACAACCUCCUCCUCUAGGAAUGAUGCCACCGCCAAUGAUGCCAAGGCCACCGUUUGGACCUCCGCCAAUGAUGAGACCGCCACUUCCUCCCGGGCCCCCGCCUCAUCUAAUGGAGGAGUUUUAUAGACCAACUGUACCUCAAAAACCUUCGUAUGUCAAAUCAGCCGCAUCCACUGUUGUUAAGAGGCCUUUGGCUCAGCAUACUCCACAACUAACUGCCAUGGUGCCAGCAUCGGUACGGGUGAGGAGAGAGUCGGCUGCACCAAAGGCAAAACCAAAGCCAUCUGUUUCAUCGGUAUCAGUAGUUUCCCAUCCAACACCAACUCCAACUGUUCUGAAACCGCCAACCGUUAAACCACCAUCCUCAUCAGCAGCCAAGCCGACAAGCGUAGAUGAUUCUUACAUGGCGUUCUUGGAGGAUAUGAAAGCUCUUGGUGCUCUUGACAACUGAUGGGGGGGAUUAAGAAUGGCAUGUGUAGAUGAGAUAACUUAUGUGGUCCGGUCGGGGUGAUUUUAGAGAUUAGAUGUAUUUCUUGUUGUCUCGUUAAUCACAUUUCAUUGUCAUCUAAGGCUUUUUAACUGGUCCCUUGAUUUUUACAUUGUAUGGAACUAUAUCAAAUGUCAGACGCCAUGGCUAAACUUGAAGCUAGGAUAAACAGAUUUGUUUUUUUCAGUCUUUUCUA